CUUUCGGUUCUGUUCCCGCCAAAGCGACCUGUGCCAAGCGUUAGAAUGCUUACCUUUUGAUUCGAGAUCGUUCGCUUCAUAUCAGUUUAAUUCGGAAACACGGCUCCAAGGGUUACGGCACGUGAAACGAUUUAUUCAUUCAAUCAUUGUUAAGUACGGAUCAUUCGGUGAAAAUUUUAGUUAAACAACAACAACGAUGGCCAAAGUUCAGCUAGCGAAUGUAGCUGUUCUCGACAAUCCUUCGCCGUUUUUAAACCCGUUCCAAUUUGAAGUAACGUUUGAAUGCAUCGAAGAACUGAAAGAAGAUUUGGAAUGGAAGAUGAUCUAUGUCGGCAGCGCUGAAUCCGAGGAAUUCGACCAGGUUUUAGACACGAUAUACGUUGGUCCAAUCCCUGAGGGAAGACAUAUGUUUGUAUUUCAGGCCGAUCCUCCGGACGUCAGCAGAAUACCGGUCAACGAUGCUUUGGGGGUUACGGUUGUGUUGUUAACUUGUUCGUACAGGGGACACGAAUUUGUGCGCGUCGGCUACUUCAUAAACAAUGAAUACACAGAUGCAGAACUUAGAGAAAAUCCACCACCACAACCACAGUUCGACAAAGUACAGCGGAACAUCUUAGGAGACAAACCACGUGUUACUAGAUUCAAGAUUAAUUGGGAUGACGGUACAAGUACGACGACGAACAAUGUACCGGAAGGAAUAGAUGCUCAAUCGUUAGAAGAAACAUCGCAGGAUGCACCAACAUCCACGUUGGGCUUCACAGAAAGCACGCAUAAUAGUAUGGAAGUAAUGUGAAUGUCUGUUGAUUGGAACAUUUUGUGUGAACUAAUGCAGUUGUAACACGAAGAAUGAAGUAGUACCUGGAAAGAAGAAUAAAAUGGAAAGAAAAUACAUAUAUUUGGAUAUAUCAAAGACGAAACAUUGAAAGAUAUGGUUAGCCUUUUGUACAACAUACACUAAUCGAUUUCCCUUCGACAAGAAAAAAAGAUCUCACAAGUUGGAAAGAAGUCGCAUGUGAUAAUGUUAAACUUCUGUGGGAAUAAAGUUAAUGAUCAUUGCAGGCAUCGUAUGCAUAAAUAUUUGCACUGAAGAACAGUUGAGAUUAAUUUAUAAUAUGUUACUACAAAUUCGACAAGAGUAAAAAAAAAAGAAUGUAAUUUGUUUUCUAAAGUUUAAGCUAAUUAAAUGAAACUAAUUAAUCUUCUAUUAUUAGUAACAGUUUAAAUAUAAAAGAAAUAAGAUGAAAACAGAAAUAAAAUGCAGUACGAAUUUAAAAUUUUUUGUUCCAAGGUUAUCGUUGCAAAAUAAAAGAAAAAGUUAUAGACAUUAGCUUUUACUAGACGUAAUUUAAAAACCGAUUUACUAUGAUAUUCUAAGAACGUCUAUAAUUGUGUUUAAUACUUUAAGUAUUACGUUAUGGCUCGUUAUUGUAUGGUAAAUUAAUAGAAAUAAGAAUGUUCACAUUUUAUCAGUGUAUGUACAUAUAUACUAAAUCAAGAAAUACACAUUAUGUUUUUUACUUCAUUAAA